AUGUACUCCAACGUACAAGCCCAAGACGAGUUAGUCCCUGGAAGCCAGCUCACCUCCAUCUUCUCCAACUACAAAGUAUUAACUAUCCUCGGAGAAGGGACUUUUGGCAAGGUUGCAAAAUGUGUCAGGAUGGCUGACAAGAAGACCGUAGCCAUCAAAGUAAUGAAAAAUUACUCAGUAGAGGUGGCAAACAUUGAGGUGGCUAUGCUAUACAUGCUCAGCAUGCAUAACGGCAACAAACACAACUUGGUUGAAUGGUAUCAGGCUUUUAUGGAUAGAGGUCGUCCAUGUCUGGAGUUUGAGUAUCUUGACAAAAGUCUGUUUGACUUCAUGCGAGAAAGACAUUUUCAGCCACUCAGUUUAAUGGAAAUUCGACCAAUAGUCAUGCAGAUUGCAAUAGCUCUGAAACACCUGAAGUCUAUUGGAAUCAUACAUGCAGACCUCAAACUAGAGAAUGUAAUGUUAGUCAAUCACCAACAAGAGCCAUACCGAAUUAAAGUGAUUGACUUCGGCCUGGCUCAUGUCACCUCUGCUGCCACAGUGGGCUCUUGCCUUCAGACCUCUCCAUAUCGGGCCCCGGAGAUUAUUCUAGGGCUUCCGUUCACAGAGGCCAUAGACGUUUGGUCUCUGGGCAUCAUUGCUGCCACUCUAUACCUCGGUUUCCUGCUGUACCCUGGAUACUGUGAAUAUGAGAUGCUGAGAUAUAUAGUAGAAACCCAAGGGAAGCCACAGGACAAAAUGUUAAACUCUGGGCAAAAGACCUCCCUUUUUUUCCACAAAGAGGAUAAUUCCACCAGCAGUAAUUGGAAACUCAAGACACCUUUAGAAUUUUUCGAAGAGACGGGGACUUGGUUCAUAGAGAGAAGAGAAAGAAAGUUUACCUCUCUGAAUGACCUCUUACAUCUCCGGGAACCUGAGCAUCAAAAUUAUGCUGAUAAAGUGGCAGAAAUGGCUGAUCGCUUGAUGUUCAUUGAAAUGAUUAAAGGACUGCUUCAGCUUGAUGCUGAAACACGGAUUACACCCGAACAGGUGCUGGAUCAUCCGUUUGCAAAAAUGAGCCACAUGGCGUCCUUCUACCACCUGAGCUCCUAUGUACAGUCCUGUUAUCAGCACACAAAGAUCUGUAAGAAAAGCACAGUGUCUUCAGAUAGCGGGACAGGAGUGAGUGGGUCUCUGCAGCAGCCCAUCUCCGAGACCAGACAACCUGCCCAACAGCAGCUUCAUCCCCCUGCAGCCGAGAGCAAAAUCCUAGAGAGGCCCCCUUCCUCCAGGACCACAAGCCCAUCCCAAAACAACUGUCCUCCCCCUUCAAUUCAGAGAAGCAGACCCAACUGCUCCAGGCCCAGUCACUGUGAAACUGCCCAGACAGUUUCACUCAAACCAAACCCUGAUGAAGAUAUAAAGGUCACCAGUCAGUCAUUAAAAAGGAGGACAACUGACUGGAAAGAUGUGGGUGAAAAAACAUCCCCCUCUUCCACAGACCAAUACCGAAAGAAAUUCCGGUAUUCUCCCGGGCCGUCCUGCUCAACCAACAGGACGCAGAGUUCCAUCACAGGGAAUAAGAGGACCAUCAGGGUAAAACUGCCUUCCACAGCCCACAAAAGAGGGCCAGAAAAGACCAUGAAGGCAGCUGGAGCAGCUUUGGAUCCAAAGGACAGUCGGGCUGAUGACCACCGCUGCAGAGAAGCAAGAGGAGGAGCAGCAGCGCGCCAUUGA